AUUAAACCACCGAGCUGGGCGCCUCCCCGUGGCGCUCGCGGCCGCAUUAGCGCGGAGAUCGAGAGACAAGAGAGGGAAGGCGGCGGCUUGCCGGCUUAAGCCUUCUCUCCCUCCGUCGUCGCCUCCUCCUUACGUCCGCUUCUUCCUCCUGAAUGGAGACGUCAGCGCCGCCCAAUGCCCCCGCUCCGCCGGCGCAGCCACGGAGGCGGUUGCCGGACUUCCAGCAGUCAGUGCGGCUCAAGUAUGUGAAGCUGGGGUACCACUACCUCAUAUCCCACGGGAUGUACCUGCUGCUGUCGCCGCUGAUGGCGCUCGUCGCCGUGCAGCUCUCCACCGUCUCCCCGCAUGACCUCGCCGACCUGUGGGAGCAGCUCCGCUUCAACCUCCUCUCCGUCGUCGCCUGCUCCACGCUGCUCGUCUUCCUCUCCACCGUUUACUUCCUCACCCGCCCGCGCCCCGUGUACCUGCUCGACUUCGCCUGCUACAAGCCGGAGUCGGAGCGCAAGUGCACGCGCGAGACCUUCAUGCACUGCUCCAAGCUCACCGGAUCCUUCACGGACGAGAACCUCGAGUUCCAGCGCAAGAUCCUCGAGCGCUCCGGCCUCGGCGAGGACACGUACCUUCCCCCCGCCGUGCUCCGGGUGCCCCCUAACCCGUGCAUGGACGAGGCGCGUAAGGAGGCGCGCGCCGUCAUGUUCGGCGCCAUCGACCAGCUGCUCGAGAAGACCGGUGUCAGGCCCAAGGACAUUGGUGUCCUAGUGGUCAACUGCAGCCUGUUCAACCCGACGCCGUCGCUGUCAGCCAUGGUGGUGAACCAUUACAAGCUGAGGGGGAAUAUUGUGAGCUACAACCUCGGCGGGAUGGGCUGCAGCGCCGGGCUUCUGUCCAUCGACCUCGCCAAGGAUCUGCUGCAGGUGCACCCCAACUCUUACGCCCUGGUGAUCAGCAUGGAGAACAUCACACUGAAUUGGUACUUUGGGAACAACCGGUCCAUGCUUGUGUCGAAUUGCCUGUUCCGGAUGGGUGGCGCGGCCAUCCUGCUCUCGAACAGGCGGUCUGACAGGCGGAGGUCCAAGUAUGAGCUGGUGCACACGGUGCGCACGCACAAGGGCGCCAACGACAAGUGCUUCGGCUGCGUGACACAGGAGGAAGAUGAGAUUGGCAAGAUUGGCGUGUCACUGUCCAAGGACCUCAUGGCAGUGGCCGGAGACGCACUUAAGACCAACAUCACCACGCUGGGGCCGUUGGUGCUCCCAUUAUCAGAGCAACUUCUCUUCAUGGGCACAUUGAUUGCCAAGAAGGUGCUCAAGAUGAAAAUCAAGCCAUACAUCCCUGACUUCAAGCUGGCUUUCGAGCACUUCUGCAUCCACGCAGGCGGCCGCGCUGUGCUGGAUGAGCUGGAGAAGAACCUGGAGCUCACUGACUGGCACAUGGAGCCAUCGAGGAUGACCCUGUACAGGUUUGGCAACACAUCAAGCAGCUCACUCUGGUACGAGCUGGCGUACACUGAGGCAAAGGGUAGGAUCAGGAAGCGCGACAGGAUCUGGCAGAUCGCAUUUGGUUCUGGAUUCAAGUGCAACAGCGCCGUCUGGAAGGCACUCCGGACGGUGAACCCGGCCAAGGAGAAGAGCCCCUGGAUGGAUGAGAUUGACAACUUCCCGGUGGAUGUUCCAAAGAUUUCAAAGGUUGGUGGCGCUUGAAGAACCAUUCUUCUUAUUAUUAGGUGGCAAGUGGAGUUGGGUGAUUGUCAGGGGCUGGGCAGAGAUUUAUUCCAUCGUUUCCACCGUUGGUUCUUGUAUUCAGUUGUAGCAUGGCAUCUGUGAAGGAACUUGAGUAGAUGAUUCGGUUAGGUAGAAAGGGUGUGUUCUUCGGCUCGCUAGGGUUGUCUGAAUGCCUGAUAUGUCCUAUUUAUUCAGAUUGGAGAGAGCAAUCGAUUUGCAUUCUUUGCUG